AUGGCUGCCAUGUCAAACCAUGAUCUGCGUCAUCAUCCCAGCGACGGCCCAAAGUCAAUUGAUCCGGCCCAGGACCCUUGCAAGACCGGCCCCGAAGUUGAUGAGAAGCAUCCAGCGACAACAUCAGACGAUAACAUCACUCCUACAUCCUAUGACCAGCCCUCAACACGGAGUCGUAUCUACGACACCAUAUACUGGUGCCCGCCCCAUGUGCGAUGGGACCCCGUGAACCCUCCUCAAUUCAACAUAUGGCACAACAUUCUGUUUGGAUUUGCUGGCGCUUUCACAGUCGCCAACCUGUACUACAAUCAUCCCAUCUUGAACAUUCUGGCUAGAGACUUUGGCGUAAGCUAUGUCGAAGUCGCCAACAUCCCGACACUGGCCCGAGCGGGAUAUGCUACAGGCCUGUUAUUCUUGUGUCCGCUGGGAGACCUCUUACCGCGAAGACCAUUUGUGUUGACGUUGGUCUUCGCUACGGCCACGGUUUGCAUCGGCCUCCCGAUAACAAGCAACGUCCACGUCUUCUCCGCCAUCCAGUACAUCACCGGCGUCAUGACCGUCACCCCCCAACUAGUGAUGCCCCUAGUCGGCGACCUCGCACCCCCUCACAAGCGCGCCGCAGCCCUCUCCAUCGUAACCAGCGGCCUCAUGCUCGGCAUCCUCCUCGCCCGCCUCCUCUCCGGCGUCGUAACCCAAUACACCUCCUGGCGCACAAUCUACUGGCUCUCCGUCGGACUCCAAUACCUCAUCUUCGCCCACCUCUGGCUCUCCAUGCCCAACUACCCCCCCACCACCAACCCCGGCAGCCUCACCUACCUCAAACCCCUCCGCUCCAUCCCCCCCAUAUUCCCCCGCCACCCCGUCCUCGUCCAAGCCUGCCCCAUCACCUCCUUCGUCUCCUCCACCUCCACAACCUUCUGCACAGCCCUACCCUUCCUCCUCGCCGGGGAUCCCUACCCCUACCCCUACCCCUACCCCCCCUAG